GAGCGUCGUCACUCCGUUCACUGGCCGGUGAGUGCAGGCGUGCUGGAACCGGCGCCGUCCAGGACCAAAGACCGAAAACGGAGGACAAAGGGACGUCAGCCGGGUGCCCGACCCUCUCCGCUGGAUAAAAUGUCCUACUGCAAGCAGGAAGGUAAAGAUCGCAUCAUCUUUGUGACCAAGGAGGACCACGAGGCACCGAGCAAUGCUGAGCUUGUAGAAGACGACCCCAACGAUCCCUAUGAAGAUCAUGGUCUCAUUCUGCCCAACGGGGACAUUAACUGGAACUGCCCGUGUCUGGGCGGCAUGGCGAGCGGCCCCUGCGGUCAGCAGUUCAAGGACGCCUUCUCCUGCUUCCACUACAGCAAAGAGGAGGUGAAGGGCUCCGAAUGUGUCGAUUAUUUCCGCAGCAUGCAGGAAUGCAUGCAGAAAUACCCCGAACUCUACCCGCAGGAGGAUGACAGCGAGAGCGCCCCCUCUGGAGGGGCCGAGGCGGCGCCGGCCGACUCCACAAGCACUGACUCCGCAUCCGUUUCUGUUCCUGCCUCAGAGGAAGCGGCAGCUGGGACAGAAAGCCCCGCCACCAGCUAAUGUGACCAGCGCUUUUACUUUUGGCCUAUUGAUCUCGAUCACAAAUGCUCUUUAAGCUGCACAGAGAUACACGAAACUACACCGAUCUCCCUCCACCUACCCUCAGGAUACUGAAAAGAGGUGCUGAGAAACGCUCAGCUCUCCCGUAAAGAGAUGAAGAUUGAGAAAUAUAACAAUAUUGUAUUAUAAAUGGGUUAUUUUUGGGUUGAA